AUGAACGAAGAUUUAAAGUUAGGAUCCAUCGUAUGGCCCAACUUCACAUCCCCCUUCAGCAUCUCAUGCUACUGCAUGAAUGAGGGGUGCACCGUCCUCUCCGUGGGGAGCUACGAGGGGAGCAUCGUUUUGUUUAAAGUCGGAGAGAAUGCGAGUAGCGCGCGAGGGGGUGGCAGUUGUGCCAGUGCGAGCUUCCCCGGUUCGAACGAAACCGGUGUGAGUCGUGUAGACAGUGUGGGUGCCCUGUUUGUAUCCCCGGGUGGAAGUUACAAAGAGGAAUUUAAGAAAGGCCCCGGGGGAGGGAACAGCUUCAGCGUUGUGGGGAAGCACCCCGAUGGGAGUGAAAUCCCGGUUAGUAGUAAUUCCCCUGGGGAGGGAGAACUAGGGGGCGCUGCACAUAACGCGAAUGGGGUUAAACUGCCAAUGGGGGAGGGGCGAGGAAAGACGGAACAGGUUAACGGUGAGGGGACGAGCGAAUAUGUAUACAGCAGGGGAAGGAGGAAUGGCAAGGCGGGGGAAGAACCAGAAGGAGGGGAAGCAGAGCGAGGGCACCAAGAAGGGGAGGCCCCAGAAAAUAGAAUCAACUUUCUCCCCUAUUGUAUCCUCCUAAGUAAUAAUAACAACACGUGUAGCAACAGCAUCGUGCAGUUGUGCUUUGGACUGUCCUGCUCAUCCCUCAUCGAAUGCAUAUCGAAAGAGAUUUUAAUUUCGCUUCAUCUGGAUAACUGCCUAUAUUUUUGGUCUCUAGAUGAGGGGAGGUGCUUCAGAGUAGUAAAGGGCUUCAAUUUUUUUAUUUACAACUUGAGGGUGUUGCCAGAUAGACGGUUUAUCCUCUUGUGUGGGGAUAGGAAGGUGCUUCUGAUGGACCUCUGGGGGAACAAGAGCAGAGAGAUCAUUGCGCAUUUAACUUUGGAUAACUACAUGGAGGGGAGCAAUCACAAGAGGGGGGAGAUGGAAGGCGAGAAGGGAGGCACCCCAGGAUCGGCUGGAAAUUCAAAUCAGUGCGAUAAUAAAGGCUCUGCAGUAGGGAGGAAUUACUUCGUUGGGGAUUCGGUUGACAGGCACCACUCUUCGUCGUCCAGUUCGGGCGAAGUGAACGAGAGGGCGCUUAUCGAUGGGGGAGUGGCGGCAGGGCCGUGGAGUGACGCCACUGACGGGGGGGAGGCGACAGACGGGAGUGAGCCACCAUAUGGGAGGGAACUCCCCUAUGGGAGCGAAGCCCCUGGGGGGGGUGCAGAAGUGGAAGGAUACGAAGAAGCAAACGGAGAGGAAGCAAUCGCAGAGGAGGGAUCCGUUUCUCUUCAAAAAAGGCGCGCCAAACGAAGCAACGCAAACCUGGGUGUCGGCACGACGAGGCAGAACGUGAGGAGGCAAGCAAACAGCUACGCCACCCUGGAGGGGCAGAAAUACUCAACAGAAAGUGUAACAAAGAAAAGCAAAAUGGAAGGAGGUGACCAUAGAGAGAGCGUACGAAUAUGCUGCAUCGCAACAGGGCUAGUGCCGUACCUAAAGGAGGACAACCAAAGGUCACUCAUCCAGUGCUUCAAACUGUUGAAGAAGAAAUUAUACAGCUCCUAUAAAAAAAAGGAAAAUUCUAAACGGGUGGCAUUACACGAUAAUGAGGCAGACCUCAGUGGAAGUAACUCUGCAACGGAUCAAAAUGAAGAAUAUGAAAAGAUGAAGCAGGAUGAAGUUAAUAAGAAGCUAAAUAACCUGUUUAGCUGCCCCGUAUUCAUCGUCGCGUCGCUAUCCAAUGGAGACAUCAUCUGUUGGGACUUAACUGAUUUUCUAACCUACUACAAAGGAAAAUGUAGGUUCGUAAUUAGAAUAGAAAAAACAGAACUAGAUUUGUAUAACGAAAUUAUAAAUGAAAUUGCAGAGAAUUGUAUAAUGGAUGAGUUAUUAAAAAUUAAAGUGCACACUUCGCAUGAUAUGAAUUUGAAAGCUCAUGACAGGUGUGUGAAAUGUCAUGAAGGGUAUAAACAGUGCGGUGGGUUGUACCUGAUAGACGCUAAAUUGAUUUCUAACUUAACUCCAGCUGAGGACUGCGUCGAAAUUGCUACGAAUGGGAACUCCAGCCGUAUUGGGGUCAUAGACAGCUACGUCAUCAUUUUGCAGGAAACGAGGUUGAUCAUUUAUGAGCGGAAGGACUUCUCCUCCGCGUUUGUUCCUCUCAUGGACUUGUUUUGCCCGGACUACCACCAGGACUCCCAGAAGAGGAGGCGCAGGAACCCCCACUGGGUGGGUCUGCAGGUGGUGCGCCGCCCCCUCUUGCGGUUUUCCUCGGGCAUCUUCAAAAGCAGCGGACUCAAAACGAAGUCCUUCGACGUGAUGCAGAAGCUGUCCAAGAACGUGUGCGGCUCGAUAAUCGCCUGGACGACGGAGGGGAACUUCUACAGCUACACCCUGCCUCUGAAGUUUUCCAGCCUCUUCCUUUCCUUCCAGUCAAACAUAAAGUCCUUUUUCCUGACGAAGGUUUCGAAGAAGUACCUGGGUUCGCAUAAGAGCCCCAUCCCUAUAGUGAUAUACAAGGAGCGCAUAUGCAGGAAGAGGAGCUUCUUAGGAGAUGAGGACGACGAUGGGGAGGAGAAUAGAGCGAGCAAUCACAACGAAGGGGGGAGUAACUACAAUAACAGCAAUAAGUUUAGGAUAAAAAUAAAUGACAGCACGGAGGUUACUCCCACUUCUUUAAGAAGUAACUUUUCUAUAGGAUCUUUAAAAUCUAAGGCAGCUUCGAAUGAGCAGGUGAUGUUGUCUAGGCCCACCUCUCAGGAAUACGUGAGUCUGUCCAAGAGCAACACCAUCUGUAGAGGAACCAGAGGGAAUAAAAUUGGCUCUGUUAAGAAGUAUGCAAAGUGUACGGAUGAUUUGCUGUUUCUUUUUGUUAGUAGGAAGAACCCCAAUCGGGUGGUCCUUUUUGAGGGGCUACUCACUGCCUGGUUUAAGACCACAAAAUUGGAGAAGGUGUGGCUCUUGCCGAAGAGGAAGAGACUCAUGGAGGGGAAGAAGAUUGCCCAGAGUGGAAAUGGAACCAUCUUGGAUGGAAAAAAAAACGAGCCCGUUAAGGCAAACCCGUUACUCAGUGGGGAUGACAACUGGGAUGCUACUUCAUGGUUGCACACGGAGCAUGUCCUUCCGCCUAACAUACGCCGGUGUAGUGACCUCCUCACAGAUUUACUACACAAUAAGGAGUGCACCAUGCAGGGUGAGCAUGUUGAACGGGGAAGACUCGAUAGGGGGGGGAGAACCAUAGUGGCCUACGCAAUAGCAGAGAGGAAUCUUAACAUUUAUAUUUUUUUAAGCUUCACCAAUGGGCAUGUCCUAAGUGCGUUAAUUAAUUCUUAUGGGAAAUCCUCUCGAGGGAAAAUCAUGAGAUGUAAGAAGGGGAAAACAAAUGGGGUGAUGGGAAGUAGAUUCAUCCGAGAGCUACCCAUCCCCAGGUACCUCCUAAAAAAGAACGUUUUCAUAACGACUCUCCACUGUGAGGGGCACUACCUGGUAGGGGGAUCCAGCAAAGGAGACAUUCUAAUAUGGGAUUUAAGAAGCUUUAAAUUGAAGAAGUUUAUAAAGGCGUGCCAUUUUAACUACGUAAGAAGCAUCCACAGCGUUAUCGAUGAGAAUGCCCCCAACAGAGGGGACCCAACAGAGGGGAGUAACCAGAUGGAAUCAUUUUGGGUUCUAAGCUGUGAUGCCAGCAACAAUCUGAUUCUCCUCAAUUUGAGUGAAAGCCAUUACGACGAGAAUAAUUUCGCAUACCUGUUUUGCAAAAAUGAUAGAUGCAGAAUAGCCAUAACGACGGAUGAAGAAUCGUUAAGGAAGAAGGAGCUGGAGCGUCGCAAAAAAAAGAAAAAGAAAAUCCUCUUUUUAAAUUAUAUGAGAAGUUUUUUUAAAAAAAAGGGAAUAUAUAAUAACGGGAGAGCUACAGAAAGGAAAGACAACCUACUACACAUUCUCAAAAUUAAGAAAGACUUAAAGAUAAAGCUAAUGAAAGGCUUUUACGAUGCCACCUCCUGCACCAUGAGCAGACCUGCCGGUGAUUCUAAAGGGAGCUUCUACCAUGUGAAGAGGAAAAUACAUAAAAAGAGGAAGGCACAUCAUGGGGAAAUAAAGAACAUGCUCAGUGUAUGUCUUUACUGCUCAUUUAAAAAGCUAGAGAAGAAGAACGAAAUUAAUUUUAAGUUAAUAAAUCACGUCUAUGUCAAUACGUUUUCCUCUCUCUUGUAUAUCACUUCGCUGAAUAACUUGGUCUUCAUUUAUGAGUAUGGCAGCGGGCGCUUCCUGCGGUCCCUCUACGAUUCGGACUUCGCCGGCAUGUCCGUGGUCCCCACGGAGACGUGCCACAUGAAGCUGGGCGUGGACGUCACGUCGGUGCGCAUCCUCAACCGGGUGCGCGCGGGCGGCGGGGAGGUUACCAGGGCAGUUCGCGGAGCGGUUGACGCCUGGACCGGCAGCGAUAGUAGCGGUAGCGGCGGCGGCGGCGGAGCAGUUUCCCAGGGCAGCACCCCCCUCGCGCAGCGCGGGAAGGAGGACAGCGAGGAGGCAUACCACGGCGCCCCCCCAAGGAGGAGCCCCCCCCGCGAUAAAUUGGCGAGAAGUGAAAGAUUUCCAAGAAGAGUAGAGAAGCGCCCCUCCAGCUACCUUGUGAAGAGCCAAAUACCAGUCAUAAGUUACGUCCUAUUCAGGGACAGCAAUUUGUCCCAAAAGGCUCUACCGCUGACGAAAUUUUUUUUUCCUUUUUUCUUGCCGCCCAAAUGUGUGCAUCUCUGUAGGGAGCUGUUUUCCUUCCUAGUGAACUUCCCCUCAAUUCCUUUUUCGUUGUGCAUUCACGGGAAGGAAUCCACUCUGUCGACGCUGAUCCCGAUGUCCACGCAGAUAUACUACUUCUCCAAAAUGCACUCCCUGAAGGAGGGUACCUGUGAGGGCAACGUGUACGUCACCAUUAGUGGAGGGAGGAGAGACAGGUACGAAAUUCAGGAGAAAAAAAAAAAAGAAAAAUUCAUUUUGGAUUCCCUACACUUGGAUCAGCCCUACAUUUACAAUAACAAAUUUAAGAGAAAGUUUUUCCUAAGUGAAGAGUAUAAAAAGAAGUACCUCAUUUUUGGCAUCAAGAUGGGGAGCCUCAAGCGGCGGUGCAACGACUUUAUGGAGUUUUCCAAGUAUAAGAAUCUGCAGAUGUAUAGGUAUGACGAGGGGAGCAGCAUCUUCAACGUGGACCCGGGGGUGAUUCUGUGUGAUGAUCUCACUGCGGCGGAGGAACCCCAGGGGGAGGGGCCAAAAAGGGAACCGCUUCCCCAGGAACCGCCUCUCCAGGAACCGCCUCCCCAAGAGGGGGAGAUGCUCAACAGUCGCCGUGGCCCCACACAGGGGAGAAGCAGCAGCGGGAGUGACUGCAGUACUGCUGGCGGUAGCGCCCGCGGUGGUAACUACCCUGAGCGGCCCAGCUUUAAGGAAGCACAUUGUGGGAUACAUAGCCAACCGGUUAGGGGCGACGGGGGGGCCGCCAACCGACUCAUUCGCAAGGCCUCCUCAGGCACCAGCUGUGGUCUCUGGAACACUGUAGAAGAUUCCAAGCAUUUUAGCGCCCGGGCGAGGAGGAAGAAGUACCACAUGAUGCAGUAUAACUACUACAAAGAUUUGGGGGUGCGUCGGCGGACCGUGGCGGGCUCGACCCGGUGGUUUUUGAAAUACUCCGAUGAUGAGUUCGCCAAUUAUUCGUCGGACAAGUCGAGUCUGUACUUGUAUGUGAAGCGCGACCGGCUUCGUCGCUCUGCAAGGAGUGACCAUUGUGGUAGCCAUGCCCAUUGUGGUAGCCAUGCCCAUCGUGUGCCAACCCAUCGUGUGCCACCCCAUAACGUGCCACCCCAUCACGUGCCACCCCAUCACGUGCCACCCCAUCACGUGCCACCCCAUAACGGACCCCCCCCGCGGAGGCUCUCUGCGCCCCACCGGGAACUCCUCUUCGAGAACAACUCCGUGGACGUGUACUGCAACAGCGUGUAUGUGAAGACGCUGUACUGCUGCUUCAUGCUGCGGUUCCUGAGCCUGUGGUGCGCCAGCAGCAAAGGGGGGCGCUACGACCCUGCCACGCUCUUCAACUUUAGGAGGUACAUAGUAGAGAAUCUGCCCGAGAGCAACACGCUGAAUCUGUUUCUCCUGAGCUACAUAUCAAUGUACCCAUACGAUAAGAGUAUACGCAUACAGUUGCAAAGGUUUAUGUGCACGGUGAUAGCCAAUGUGAAGGACAAAACUUUGGAUAAGUACGCCAAGACCUCCACAGAAAUUUUAAGAAUAAAUAAUAAGAAAAAAAGAAUCAUUCAAAAGAGCAUGGAUGAAAUAUCGUUGUAUGAUACGACAGGGACCUAUGUGAUUACAAUUAUCAUACCAAAAGUGGGAUCCUUUUUUUUCUACCCCUUUAUCUACGCGGACGAAAUUUGCCUUACCCUAUUACUGCUGCUACUCCUGGUGAAGUCCCACUAUUUGAGGAACUCCAAAACGUUCUAUACCAAUGCCAGCAUGAUAACCCUCAUUGUGCAUCACAUCUGCUACUACAUUUUCGUUGACACUCAGUACCUCAUAGAGAAGGACAAUAAGUUUAACAAAUUUAAAUUGUUUCAUUUUAUUCACUUGCUUUCUCUGAGCUUUUCUAUCACCUGGGAUUUCCACGUGCUGAUUCAGAGGGGCAUCUUCACCAGCAACAUGAAGAAUGUGUCCUACCUGUCCUUCAACUUGCAUUUGAAGAAGGAGGACUUUCACCUGAACGAGCGGAUGAUCGAUGAGAGCUACUUUAGGGCCCUGAAGGAUUAUUACAUCCUGGGGGCGGUGCCGCCAGAAGAAGGGGCGACUGGCGCGGCGACUGGCGGUGGUACUGCUGCGUCUGCCGCGUCUGCCACUCCUGCCGCGUCUGCCACUCCUGCCGCGUCUACCGCUCCUACCGCUCCCACCGCUCCUGCCGCUUCUAACGCCCCCUUCGCGGGGGCGGCCAUGCCCAUCGCGGGGAGCGAUAAAACGCUCGGCCACUCCGUGAGCGAAAUCAAUUUGAAGAAUUACCUGGACGAUUUUGUCGGCUCAGCAGAUAACGGAAAAGCGGGCGGAGAGUUAGAGUCUGAGAGGGAAGAGCAGCUCUCACUGAACUCUUAUGAAAAUGUCUUUUCAGAGGCACACAGUGAGGGGAGGAGCGCAUUCCUGGGGAGGUCAAAUGAAAUCCUCGAUGCAGGGACAACAGGGUCAGCCCCAUCCCAAAUAGUAGUUGGAGUGGUGAACCAGGUAGGUUCAUCAGAUCAAAUUCACCCCGUGGAAGGGAUAAGCAGAGGGCAAAGCUACUACAAUGAGGUGUACCACCUAUCAUGUGAUGAAAGCAAAAUGAAGAUGAUGCAAAUGCAGAUGCUCCAAAUGAAAAUGGCCCAAAUGAAGGGGAAAAAGUCCCAAAUAAAUGAACACAAUUACAUUAACAUAUGUCACUUCAUUUUGAAUAUCUUCGAUUUGUAUACCCUAUCAACGAACAAUCUGAGCUUUUUAAAAAUAUUAAUUAACACGGGGAGGACGGAGCCCUUCUUAUUCUUAAAGACGCUACAUUAUAUAACAAGUCAUGUUCAGAGGAGAGUAUCCUGUAUGAAUAAAAUUUUAUUCCUUCUCAUAAUUUUAAUAAAAAAUUAUAAAUGUGUAUUUAUCCUCUACAUGGACGUUAUAAUUGACAUCCUUUUGAAUUCUCUUGACCCCUCCAACAACCUUCGUAUCCUUUGCCUGAAGCUAUCGACCAGCCUAAUCUACACCUUAGUGAAACAGUACCCCAUCUGUUGCUUUAAUAAAUUUACACAACGAUUGGCUGUGGCAAAUAACAUGAGCAAAUGCAUUUAUCUAUACGAUUUGAAGAACGCAAAGAAAUUGAAGAUUUUUCAAGGGCAUAAGAGAGACGUAGAUUGCAUCAACUUUAACAGCACGGGGACUUGCUUAGCUUCCUACUCCAAGCUGGACCUUUCCUUCAAAAUCUGGAAUUGCACAACUGCGGGGCUGUUCAGUGGAUUUUUGAAAAUUCAGUCCAAGUGCGCUAGGGACAUACAGCUCUCCAGGAUAAAGCUCAGCUACUUGUUCCUCUCCGACCACUACAUUGAUAUUACCUACAAGAAGAAGAACGAGUGGGCCCUCCGCCGCGAGGACAACGCGGUGUAUUUGAUAUACAUCUAG